GUUGUGGGCCCGGUUGUUCAAAAGCCUGUUAAAUUUUAACGGACCGUUAACUAGUCCUUAACGGUCCGUUAACGUUAACAGAGCAAAAGCCUGUUGCUCAAAGUGCCGUUAACCUUUAACGACCCGUUAAGCCCACGUUAACUUAACGGAAGGGGAGGGGGUACAUUAGCUCACUAACAUUACCAUUAGCAUCAGUUCUAGGUCUAGCUCCAUGGUGACAACAUGGCGUUUAUUGUCCAGCCGAAUGCAGCAUUCAUGAACAUUAGACCACAAAGAAAACUUAAGGAAUUCAGGAAUUUUUCUGUUGAGUUUAAUGAAAUGGAAUUACACCAAAGAUACCGAUUUCGAAGAGAUUCCAUUGACUACAUAAUAUCUUUGGUUCGUGAUGAUGUGGAGAGAGACACAAAAAGGAACCAUGCUCUCACUGUAGAGAUGCAGGUGCUAGUCACCUUGAGGUUCUUGGCCAGCGGUAGUUUCCUACAGGUUGUGGGAGACACGGUUGGCCUUGAUAAGAGUACAGUUUCGAGGACUGUUGAUAGAGUGUGCGAUGCUCUUGUUCGAAAGCGGCAUCAGUUUAUCAAGUGGCCAAGCGUACAAGAGAAAGACAAGAUAAAGAAGGGCUUUUUUGAGAUUGGAGGUUUCCCUAAUGUCAUCGGUUGCAUUGAUGGUACCCAUGUCCGGAUUCAGGCACCCACCCAAGAUGAGCCUGCUUAUGUCAACCGUAAGGGCUGGCACAGCAUAAACGUGCAGGCUGUUUGUGACGAUAAAGGAAAUAUAACCAACUUGUGUGCCAGCUGGCCAGGCUCCACCCAUGACAGCCAUAUAUUUAGGACAUCAAAUCUGAGACAACACUUAGAAGCCAACCACACCAGAAUUUCAGAUGGGUUUGUCCUUGGAGAUAGUGGAUAUGCAUGCCGACCCUACUUACUCACUCCCUACCUUCACCCACAAGGGAACCCUCAACAGCGGUAUAACGACAGACUGUGUAGGACCAGAGUCACCAUAGAGAGGACCUUUGGCCGAUUAAAACGAAGGUUUCAUGUUCUGCAUUCUGAGAUCCGUAUGAACCCAGGAAAGGUGUGCAAAAUUAUAUUGACCUGCGCAAUAUUGCACAACAUAGCUAUCUUUCGGAGUGAGGUUCUUGAUGUCGAUGAUGCCCAUGUGAGACAGGACCAGCCACCCAUUGACCACUACAGAGGACGGAAUGACGGCAAGGCUAUCAGGGAUCAUAUAGCAAGUACUUUCUUUGCUAACUAGACUCUGGUUCUCUCUCUCUCCUGCUAAGACCUGGUACUGCAUAUGGAGUACAUCAUCAUUACUGUGCUUAGUCUUCCUGGAUUUUCUCAGUCUGCCCUGGAUCUUCUCUGUCUGCACUUCAUCUUGCCUGCUUGAUGGUGGAAUUUUAGAACAUUCAAUUGGUGUAUCCAUGGGUGAUGCUGGUAGUUUGACGCCAGAUUCAGGAUCAGUUGAAAUAGUUUGCUGAUUAUUUGUAGAAAAAGAUACUAAUUCCAUUGCUUCCAUAUCUUCAAGAUUGACUGUUUCUGUAAUUGACAAGUGUUACAUUGCAUCAGAUUUAAAUAUACUAAUAUAGUGUAAUGUGUCAUACAACUCAUUGUUUACAAAUUAAUACUUAUAACGUUCAAUUUAGUAACUGAUUUUUUUAAUCUGCAACAUGAUGUCUUGUUAUUUUCAUCAUUAGUUUCUAUAUUUAGAAUCAAGAAUUUAAAAAGUAAUUAAAAAUUGUUAAUCAGUUUCAUAUCAUUAUUAUAUUUUCUUUCAUAAGAAAUGAAGUUGUACAGAAUAAAUACAUUAUCUGUUAUAGAUUUGUAUAUUUAAUGCUAAUAUAAUGUCUUCAUUCACAACUUUCAUACAUUUAAUAAAAUCUUUUAUUCAGUUCAAGUGAAUACAUUCUUGUUUUGUGUGUUAUCAUGACUUAGUAGUCAUUAGAUAUAUUGCUACCUUUGAAGCUGUGAAAUUACUGAUUUUUUCAUUUAUGGUCAUUCACAAUCAUAAUGGAUUUGUUAUCCUAGUUGAAAUUAUAAUGUAACAUAUGUAUUUUCAUUCUCCAUGCAUUAAAACAUAACCUUGAUGAAAUACAA